AUGACGAGUGAAGUGGAGUUAGCGCAAUCCGCUGCCGCAGGCGGUGAUACAAUUUUUGGCAAGAUAUUAAGAAAAGAAAUACCUGCCAAAUUCGUCUACGAAGAUGACCAGUGUGUAGCAUUCAAUGAUGUUAAUCCUCAAGCGCCAACUCACAUCUUGGUAAUUCCUAGAAAACCAAUACCGCAGUUAUCAAAAGCCACUGACGAUGAUGAGCAGCUUCUUGGUCAUUUAAUGAUUGCUGCUCGCAAAAUCGCCGCUAACGAAGGUCUAGACAAGACUGGUUUUCGACUUGUUAUCAACGAUGGGAAGAAUGGGGCACAAAGUGUGUAUCACCUUCAUAUUCAUAUUCUUGGAGGUCGCCAGAUGGGUUGGCCCCCAGGCUAA